UUUUAAUAAGCUAAAAAACUUUGUAGUGAUUAAGAUGAGAAGCUUUGCUGAGGUGAAAGAUUUUGUUAAAGUAAAAAAUGUUGAUUUGAUGAAUCUUAGAAAAGGUGUUCUUAGAAAGAAAAGUAGUUUUGAAAAGAAAGAUGUAGUAGAGAUAGGAGAUCUUAAAAACUCUUUUUUAGG